AGCCGAACAGAACGCAGAAGAUGUCCCGCUUGAUGCUCUUGCUCGUUGUCGGCCUGCUGUUGGCGGCGGCGCCGGCGGCGGGUGGUAAGAAGGGGCGCAAGAAGGGCGCCGACUGUCCGCAGAUGAAGCUGAAGCGUCAGUGGGGCGGCAAGCCGGCGCAUGGCAUCAACUACCAGGUGCGGCCCGUGCGCUUUGUGGUCAUCCAUCAUACGGUGACAAGCGCCUGCUCCGGCUUUGUGCAGUGCGCCGAGCUGCUGCAGGGCAUGCAGAGCUAUCACCAGACACAGCUGGACUACCACGACAUUGGCUACAACUUUCUUAUAGGCAACGACGGCAUCGUCUAUGAGGGCACCGGCUGGGGCAUCGCUGGCGCUCACACCUACGGCUACAAUGCGAACGGCACGGGCAUCGCCUUCAUUGGCAACUAUGUGGACAAGCUGCCCGCGCAGGCGGCGUUGGAUGCGUGCAAGAAGCUGCUCGCCUGCGGCGUGGAGCUGGGCGAGCUGAGCGAGGAUUACGGACUAAUUGGCGGCUCCCAGGUGAUAAGCACACAGAGUCCGGGCCUGACGCUCUACAAUGAGAUACAGGAGUGGCCGCAUUGGCUGCCCAAUCCUUGAUCUGGGAUUAGGAAUUGCAUUUAAAUAUAUUUUUUUUAUCGUGAA